UUCAUUCAUUCUUCAACUUUUAUUUCUAACAAGAUACAUAACAAUGGCAAGAGUUCAGCUAUUUUUAUGCUUUACCAUUCUUUUUGCAUCUGUGACUCUUCUGGACGUCGUUUCAGCUCAUUUGAAGCUUAAGCCAACUUUGCCUCAGAUCGAACCUCCGCAGACGGUGAAGGAUGUCGAACCUUACACCGUCAAAGUAGUGAUGGUAUUUGUGUCAGACCUCGAGAAAGAAUGUCCCAAGACAAAUAAAUUUAAGGCCUUCUUUGAGAAACUCAGGGCAUACGCCAAGUAUGUUUGCCCAAUAAAAAGAAAAGACCAAGUAGAUUACGACCGCGACAUGAAGGCCAAAGCCGGAGGCCUCUUCCAGACCAUAUCUUCUUUCGCGAUUGGAAAGAUAAAAAAGGAAAUUCAAGAGGAGAAAAUGGAAGUCAUUAAUACCUUUAAGUUUAUGAGAUUUCUUGCGGCUAAGAUUGUGGGAAGCCGCAAAAAGGAUGAGAGCGAGGAAUCAAUGAAGCUAACAGCAGAACAACAAAAAGAAAUCAAUGAAGGAAUCUUAAGAUGGGAAACAAUUAUUGCUCGGAUCACAAACACAAUGGUAAUGAGUACAAAAAAUUCUUCUUCUAGUGCAGAUUCUACUACUGGGAAGGAAGCUUCAAGCGACAACAGCAAAAAAGGAGGCUCUUCCGAAGACACUACAGGUGCAAACACUAACAAGGGCACUCCUAGUGGAAGUCCAUCCAGCAGCCCAUCUGGUUCAAGCUCUUCCGCUAAAGGUGAAAGUGAGACUUCCUCUUCAAAAACUACCGGUGGAAGCUCUACAAGCGCUACUCAAAAAGAAAGCUCCGCUAGUCAGAGCAGUGGUGUAACAGUAGCACAAGUUGAGGAAGAGACAUCCAAAGAUGUCUCGACAUUCAUAAUGAACCUCGAAAAGAAGUGUCCGCAAAAGGAGGAAUUCAAGGUCUUCUUCGAACAACUCAAGGGUACAAUGAUUGCUCCCCCCAAAGAAAGAAAAGGUUUGUUUACUAGGAUCAAAUCUGCUGCUGGGAAACUAUCUGGUGCGAUGGGAGUUAUGCGAUCUAGAAUUGGAAGCAAAUCAGCAGAGGUUAAAAAGUCUAUGGAAACUUACCAAGAACAAGUGAUGAAAACUCUCCAAGAGUUAGAUACCAUCCACAGUCAAAUUGUGAGUCAGAAUAAAGGCAAGAAAGAAGGAUCUUUGACAUGCACACCAGCACAACAAACACAGAUUAAGCAGACAAUUACUAAGUGGGAACAAGUCACAACCCAAUUCGUCGAGACCGCUAUUCAGAGCGAGACAAAGUCUUCGUCAACUACUUCAUCUUCUGGUGGCAAGAUGAACACAAACUGAAAUCAAAGGCAUCACUAAAAGAAUGCCCUAUGUUAAUAAUACUUUUGUUUUUGUUGUAAAUAAAACCAAGAUUGGUAU